GUACCAUAGCAUUGUACAGCACCUUCGUCUGACAGCGGGCAUUCUUUAACCCUCAACAUCAGGUAUAUCGUGUGAAGCUUACUUAAACUAUUUGAUGGUUUUUUAUCAGCCUCACCGUGAGUUGAGGGGGGGAAGAAGGAGGAUUAUAACUCUAAAUAUAGAUUUCUGGUUUUUCCUUUUUCAAUAAGAUAUAUUUUUUCUUUCUUUCUUUCUUUUCUAGAUUUAUUUCCUUUUCACUUUUAUCUUCUUCUUCUUCGAUGUUAUAGAGUAAAGAUAAAGUAAAGAAACGGUCAAACGAAAACGAGAUGGCUUUUAAGAUCUUCGUAAUCGGCGUCACGGGAUACAUCGCCGGCGACGCAUUGGACGCGCUCACGCGGAAGUACCCGGGCUACGAAUACGCUGCGCUCGUGCGCUCCGAGGCCAGCGCCGCGCGCGUCCGCGAGGCGUAUCCUGGCGUUCGCGUCGUGCUUGGGUCGUUGGACGAUGUGGAGAGCAUCAGGAAGGAGGCUGCGUGGGCUGAUCUCGUGCUGGACGGCGCCGACGCAGAUCAUGUCGUCGCCAUGAAUGCUAUCGUCGCCGGCUUAGUGGAGGGUCAUUCGGCCACACGGCCUGGGUUCUGGCUGCACACGAGCGGAACCGGGAUCAUGACGUACUCGGACACGGCGCAGGACCGGUUCGGUCAGCCGCCUGAUCGGGAAUUCGAUGAUGUUGAUCGCCUCGACGAAAUCACUAGCUUCCCUGACGAGGCGUUCCAUCGAGUCACUGACAGGAUUGUGCUGGAAUGCGGCGCCAAAUAUGCCCAGGUUGUUAAAACCGCGAUUGUUUGCCCGCCUACUAUUUAUGGUGCUGGCCGAGGCCCCGUCAAUACCCGGAGCAAACAGUGUCCCGCGCUGGCCAAUGUGAUCCUGACCAAGGGACAAGCGCCCAUCAUCGGCACCGGCCAAGCUUCAUCGAACAAUGUGCACAUCGGGGACGUGUCCGAAGCCUUCAUCCUCCUAGUGGAGGCCGCCGUAUCAGGAAACCACUCAUCCGAAAUCUGGGGCGCGCGGGGAUACCACGUGGUAGGGACCGAGAAGCACGCAUGGGGACCGCUGGCACGCUCGAUGACGGCGAAAGCGCGGGAUCUAGGCCUGAUCAAAGGAGACGGGGAGAUCCAAGAUUACCAGAUGGAUAAGGAAGAGGCGUGCAAGGUCGCGGGGUGGGACGGCCUUAGCUGGGGUCUUAAUAAUGUGUGCAAUGCCCGGAGACUGAAGGAAACCCUGGGCUGGACAUCGAAGUAUCCUACCCUGGAAGAGGACAUACCCGGGACUUUGAAGGCCGAGGCGAAGAGGAUGGGGUUGAUCUAAGCGGUGUUUUUCACUUCUAUAGUAUAGGUAGAUUUGGUCACUGAUGAUACAUAAAUAGGUAAGUAUAUUUACUAGCAUCAAGAACAUCGCAUGUCAUCCUACAGGCUCAUGUCGACAUAUCUCUAUUGAUGCUUUCUUGUCUUUAUAGUCCCUUAU